GAGCCGUGCCGGGCGCCUGGCAGCCCCGUGGCCAUGGGGAGCGGUGCUUUCGCCCUGGUCCUGGUCCUCGCCCUGGCAGCACGUGUCACCCCUGCGGAGAGGAAGUGCCAACUCAGCGGGCUGUGGAGGAAUGAGCAGGACUCACUGAUGGAGAUUUCGACGGUGAUGGACAAUGGGGACUUCGAAGGGAAAUACCUCACGCGGGUCACCCUCACUGGUGCCUGUGCCCACAUCUCCCCCUUGAAAGGCAUCCAGCAGCAGCCCGGAGACGGGGGCUGGCCCACCUUUGCCUUCACCGUGCGCUGGGACAAGUUCUCCAAUGCCACCACCGCCUUCGCGGGGCAGUGCUUCGUGGACACAGGUGGAAAGGAGACGCUGACCACCAUGUGGCUGCUGCGAGAAGCUGUCGGGUCCCUUGAGGAGGACUGGAAAGCCACGAGGGUGGGCAGAAACGUUUUCACACGCAAACGCACCCGAAAAGGAAAGAUCCUGCCGAGCUUGUCUCCAUCCUGUGAAGAUGCAUCUUCACCUGCCCCGUGACAGCAUGCUCUGGCUGUAGUCCAGCCCCGCCCCAGGACAAGCAA